GAAGGUGGGGAACCCUGUAUGAAAAGCUUGAAUGUAGUUAGUUGAUUUGUUUCUUGAUUUUUGCAGGGAACAUGUGCAAGCGUAAUGUGUUUACAACAAUUGGAUCAGAUGAAAAGAAUGUGGACAUUGAUGAGAAUCUUGACGACCCAUAGUUAUGUGCGACCAUUUUGUGUGAUAUGUACAAGUACUUUCUCCCUCCUGAGGAAAUAUAUGGGGAUUUGCUUGCCUCAGGUGGAAGAAUUCUGCUAUAUAUCUGCUAAUACACAUUUCAAGGAAGAGAUACUUCAUUUUUUCUCUUUUUAAUUUGCAAUUACUAUAGUUGUUGUAUACAUGCAGAGCAGUCAUGAAAAGUUCAACAUUUUCAAGUUAUGUAAAUGGAGUCUGACUUAUCGAGUUACCUGAAAUUUGAAAAGAAAGCACCCACAACUAAAUGUUACUUGAGGCUGGCUCUCCUUUACUGCCAUUGGAAUGCUUGGCCAACUAUAUUGCCGAGUUAUCACUUCUGGAAAGUCGACAAUCUGCGAAUGUUGUGUUGGGGGUACAAAAAGGGGAGUUCAAAAUUCAAUGCUGUUUUUUUUCUUAAAAAAAAUAAAAAAAUAUCCCUUUCUUCUUUUUUUUUUCUCUUUUUAGUUGAUAUUCUAUCAUUAUUAUUUUUUAGGCCUAAUUGCUUCAAAAACCAUGACCUUUAACUAAUAUUAAAUUCCCAACCUUUUAAUGGGAUUUCCGAGCUCCUCCUUGCUGAUGUGUCCGUCGAGGUGUAUAGAAGAAUAAUAGAUUAAUUUGUAUUUGGUGUAUUUAUGUUAUUGGACAUCUCCCCAUCUAUGUUGAUUUGGGUCUUUUUCUUUUUUCAUAAUUUACUUUCUGUUUCUUUUUCCCAAUACUUCUAUGUAAAUGCUAUUGCGGGGUUUUGAGAGGGUAUAGAUUGGAAUUUUGAGAUAUUGUCAUGAUGUGGAUAGUCUUAUUUGAGAAGAUAAUUUGUCUUGAUUUGAAAACUUUGUUGAGGAUGUUGGUCAUUGAGUUGCAGGUAUUGGCAAGGGACUUUUCAAAGGGAUUGUAUGUGUAGAGUUAGUAUUAGCCAAUUCAAAAUAGAGUUGUAUGCCACCCUAUUUAUGUCUUCAGUUCUUAGAUAAUCGGGCUUUUGCGACUACUUUGAUACCGUGAAGAAGCUCACUCAUCUUAAUUUUCACCUGCUACAUGCCCUUUUUUUGUUGUGUGCCUUUGGUAAUUGAAUUCAAUAUUAAGUGUACCUUUUUUAGGAUAUUUUUCUUCAAGUCUCAUUUUUUUAGAAAUGUAAAUUGAGGCAUUUCUUCAUUUUCUUAAUUUGAAAACAGAUCUUCAAACAA